GUUUUUCAUUUCUAGACAGCUCCUUUCAAUCAAAGCUGAUAAACAUCUUCGAUUUGAUCCUUAAAAAAUUUGCAGCUUCAAAGAUGGAAAAUGGCCAAGAAAAUCAUGAAAACAUUCAAACUGAAGAAAUCCCAGAUGAAUUUCAAUGCUGUGUUUGCCUGGAACUUUUGUAUAAACCAGUUGUGCUAGGGUGUGGCCACAUUGCUUGUUUCUGGUGUAUAUUUAAGUCCAUGAAUACUUUGAUGGAGUCAAACUGUCCCAUUUGUCGUCACCCUUAUCAUCAUUUCCCUAGUGUGUGUAGAUUGAUGCACUUUUUGCUUGUAAAGUUGUACCCUUUAGACAGUGCAAGAAGGGAAAAACAAGUGGCAGAGGAGGAGAAGGAAGUAGGAUAUUUUUCACCUCAGUUUGAUGAUUAUUUAUCAGAAUCCUGUGGCAAGACCGAUCUUGUUCUAGACACGGCUUCACUUCAUUCCAUCCCUUCACAGAAAUGUGGAUCAGCAGGGGAAGGAGAGCAUUCCUCAGUAGUUUUUCCUGCAAUAUCAUGUUCUGAAACCAAAGAGGAUGCAAAGUCAAAGAAUCUUAAUUUUGCAGAUGAGCAUACAAGUGCAAGCAGUAAGCAAGUGCUUAUCACAGAUUUGCUUUGUGGGAUCUGCAAACUGUUGUUGUACCGACCUGUAGUUCUUAACUGUGGCCAUGUUUAUUGUGAAAAUUGUGUGAUCAAUCCUAGCGACAAGCUAUGUAGAUGUCCAGGUUGCCAACUGGAGCAUCCAAAUGGAUACCCCAACGUUUGCUUGGUUCUUGAGCACUUCUUAGAAGAGCAAUUUCCCAAGCUGUAUGCAGAAAGGAAAAGCGCAUCAGUGGAUAGAUCUAAUCGUCAGAUUCCAGCAACACGAGAUCAGGACGAAGCUGCUAGUUGCAAAUCACUACCUAAAUUUGAUCUUUCAACAUGGUUAACGGGUGGAGGACCGCAGGUUCAUUUUGGAGUCGGUUGUGAUUAUUGUGGGGUAAGAUUGGCUUCUCUUUCAUUCUUGUCCAAUUUCCCUGCUUGUACAUGCUUCCAGUUUUUUUACAGGAACAAGUCUAGAGAGUCUAUGAGAGGCUCCUGGAUUGUUUUCAGAUUGAGAAUGUUUAAGUGAUUGUUUUCAGCGUUCAAACUGCAUUAUAAGAUUGUCAUUCAAUCUUAACAAGAGAAAGUAUUUACCUAAAAGUGCAUGACUUGGUUAUUAACUUAUUAUGAUGUAAAAUUGACAGAAUCUGAAAGAUGGGGAAAAAAAGAUGGGAAUAUAAAGUCUCUUUCUUUACAUAUCUCCCUAUUUUAUGAAGAUGAUUUCUCAGAAUGUAGGUACCAGGAUAUCAAUUCUUCUUAGAUUGAAGUUUGAGCUUGUGUGAAAUUAAUAAUAAAUUACUAAAAACCCAAAAAGGUGCUCAAAUACAGUCAGACCUCUUUAUAAUAGCAUCCCUAUAUAACAUCCAUUCAAUAUAAAAGCCAAGUUUUCGGAACCAAUUUUUAUAUUAUGUUAUAAUAUUACAGCACUUCACUAUAGCAGACAAAAAAUAUCGGAACAAAUGAGGUUAUUAUAGAGAGGUUUGACUUACCUAUUCUUCUGGAAGAAACAAUAUUUUAGCAGACAACUAAGGUUGGACCCAAGAGACGAGUAGAAUUACAAAGGAUAGUUUCCAUUUGAAAACUACAUACAGUUCGGAAUUAAAAAGGGUAGUUCCCUGCUAUGUUGAAUUUUCUUUUGAGAAAUUGUCUUUAGGAGCCUGAAGUCUAUCGGAAACAGCCUCUCUACCUCUCCGGGUAGGGUACACACUACCUUCCCCAGACCCCACUUGUGGGAUUAUACUGGGUAUGUUGUUGUUUUGUUGUCUUUAGAAGCCUGAAAGUUACAGUAUUUCUAUGUAAGUUACUUUUGCAAACUCGAUAUACCUGACUUUGAAAUCUAUAACAUAUAUACACUUCUGUUAAAGAGAG